CCGAAAAUAAAUACAGAAUAGCAUAUAUAAUGCCCCAUUUUGGAUAUAGUGUAUUUCAUUCACAAAAGACAACCGGAACUGCUAGCAUCCGGCAAUGGAAUUUCUUAAGGUUUUAAGUGCUGUUUUCUGUAUCGUAUAUGGAAUGACUGGUACCGCUGUUGGCUUUCAUUGCGAUGAGAAUGCUGUCCACUGUUUUACGUCACUCGAUAUAAAAUCUGCGUUUACCAUGAUUGGCAAAGGAGACAUCGGUCAAGUGUACGUAAAGGAUCGGGCAAUUUACUCAAUAAACGCAGCAAUAAACGACCAAAUCCCUAUAGAUGAUAUAAUAACUGCUGACGGUUGGAAUCAUACAAGACAUUUGAUUACGGCAAAUGGAUCCAUGCCAGGACCAUCUAUUAUCAUUUAUGAAAACCAGAAAAUAACAAUUAUAGUAAAAAACCAUAUGAUAAAUGAAGCUGUGACUAUUCACUGGCACGGUAUUGAUCAAUAUAAAUGGCCUGCUAUGGACGGCGUGGCCUUUGUUUCUCAAUGUCCGAUACUGCCAGGACAGACUUUUAAUUACACCUUUCAACCAACAUUUGGGGGAUCCUACUGGUAUCACUCUCAUGUAGGUAAUCAACGAGAUAUGGGCAUGUACGGUGCAUUUGUCAUUCUCAGAAAAAGGGACCCAGUACCAUUUGUAUACCAACAUAUUGUACAGAUACAAGAAUGGAAUCAUCUAUAUAACGCAAUGGACCUGUUGUAUGCUAAUGUGAAAGAUGAGGUAAAAUCUCCAAAUUCUAUUUUAAUUAAUGGUAGAGGAGAGCUAAAAAAUAAUCUUGCACCUCUAGAAAUAUUUUCUGUUACAAAAGAGGAUCCAUGUCUUUUUAGACUUAUAGGCGUCGGUUCAAUGCACGUACUUUUAUUUUCCAUACCUGGUUUAAAAUUGAAUGUCACAGAAACCGAUGGUUUUGAGAUUAUUCCCACUGUCGUUGAUAAAAUCAUUAUAUAUCCUGCUGAACGUUAUGAUUUUGAACUCGAUCUUGAUUAUGCAGAGGAGGGUAUAUACAACAUAACGAUCAGCAUUCUUUCGUCACAUAAACUUACAAUACAACCUCCUAUUGGACUUGGGUUUCUUAAUGUUUCUAACAGUAAUAACCUGCCAUCAAAGGUUUACGAACAAAAUAACAAAAGUCGAGUUCUAAAUUGUCCAUUUAAAACAUACCCACAUCAAGAAGACAUAUCAUGUGUUCCUGUUAAUAAUUUGAAGGAGAGGGGAAUUGUUAAAGAUGAAGAUUUUGCUGCCAUUGAGGGUAUGCAAGAAUCAACCGAAACUGCAUUACAUUUCUUGAAUUUCGGUUUUCCGAAAGGUAAAUCAUCCAUAAAUGGUCGAAUAUUUCGUUGGCCAACCGUAUCUGCUCUUACACAGCCAACUGAGGUUGAUAACGACUGUAGUAAGUGUACUGAUGAAGACACGUGUCACUGUAGCCAUUCACUUAACUUAAAAACUGGGUCUGACAUAAUUAUGGUUUUACUUAAUCUUGGUACUGGAGCUUUCAUUUCACAUCCUAUUCACAUGCAUGGUCAUACUUACAAAGUUCUUAAAAUGGAAUUUCCAGAAGUGACCAUUGAUGGAAACUUUACUUUUACAAACGAUAUAGAAUGCAGUAAUACUCUUCCAAAUAAGGACAGCAGUUGUAAUAACGCACGAUGGAGGAAUUCGUCGUGGAAUGAUUACAAUCAAAUCCCUGGUAUAAAUACAAUUGAUGCUGUACGUAAAGAUACAAUAGUUGUACCAUAUGGAGGAUAUGUGAUAAUCAAAAUAAAAGCUGCAAACCCAGGAGUAUGGUUCAUGCACUGUCACAUUGAUAAACAUAUGGUGGAAGGUAUGGCAUUAAUGCUGAAUGAAUCUUUCGAGAAAACUGGGCAGUUUAUUCCAGGUGGAUUACCAACUUGUCACAGUUAUCUGACGGACAUGUCUGGUAAACUAAGCGCAUCAUCUGCAUCUCAAACAAGUUCUACAGCAGAUUCAACAACAAAUGCAUUAGGUGGUAUUGUCGGACUUUUGUUAGUUGUAAUACUUCUAUUAAUUGUUUAUAUAAUUUGGAAAAAGAGAACAAGCUCAACCACAUCCAAUGAUAUGACAAUGACCUAACCGAGACUACAGAAUUAUUUUACAUUUAGCGCUA